GGAGGACACUUCUCCAGAAACUUACCUGGAAGAAUUACUUCAGCUUACCCUUGAUAAUAGAGAGAAAGUAGUUGCCAUAGGAGAGUGUGGCUUGGAUUAUGAUCGUACCCAAUUUUGUGCUCCUGAGAUACAAAAGAAAUAUGCCAUUAAGUGAGAAAUUUUCACAGGUAUUUUGAGAAGCAAAUCAGUCUAGCAGAAGUAACUGGACUGCCAAUGUUUCUUCAUUGUCGCAAUGCUGCAGGAGACUUGGUGCAGAUCCUCACUGCCCACCGUGAAAAGAUUAGUGGAGGAGUUGUACAUUCCUUUGAUGGCACUCAAGAAGAGGCACAGCAGAUUUUAGAUUUGGAUCUUUAUAUUGGAUUGAAUGGAUGCUCCCUGAAAACAGAAGAUAAUUUAGCAGUUGCAGCAUCAAUUCCACCUCAGCGGCUCAUGAUUGAAACUGAUUGCCCUUGGUGUGAGAUUCGCCCAACCCACGCCGGCCACAAGCAUGUCACAACCACUUACCAGACUAAGAAAAAGGAGAAGUGGGAAGCUGGAGUCAUGGUGAAGAGUAGGAAUGAACCAAAUUGUAUAGUACAAGUUUUGGAAGUUUUAGCAGCAAUUAAGAAAGAAGAUCAUGAUAAGUUGGCAGAGCAAUUAUACAACAAUACCAUGAAACUGUUCUUUCCCUCUAAAACAGAUGGUACAAAGAGAUUCCAGUGUCAUUCCCAGCAGACUCUUCUUCCCACUUCAAGUCAUCACAUCCUGACUUUAUGCAGGCAAACAAUAAACUGACAUCAUAAGUAGCA